UUGCUCUGUUCCUCUCUCUUUGUCCAACCAAGAGGCUUUUAGAGAGAGAAAGUAGGGGAGAGAGAGAGAGAGAGAAAAAGUAGGAGGAGGAGGAAAGAGUUGCCAUAACUCUUAUUUAUAUUCACCGGCCGGGUUUGCCGGCCGGCACCUGAUAUUUCCCGGCUGAUUCUCCAUCGCCGGCGGAUCACUGCCAUUAUUUUGCCACCGUUGUGAUUUUCUUCAUACACAAGCCUCUACAAUGGAUCUUAUAAGAACUCCAUUCGGAGGGGUCAUCAAAGAUGUCCGAGGGAGAGUACUUUGUUAUAAGAGUGAUUGGGUUGAUGCACUUUGUUCAGGCUUUAGGAUAUUGGCUCCAACGGCAUAUAUCUUCUUUGCUUCUGCUCUUCCUGUCAUUGCCUUUGGAGAGCAAUUGAGUAAGGAAACAGAUGGAAGCUUGAGCACAGUCGAAACUCUAACUUCUACAGCUAUAUGUGGAAUCAUCCACUCGAUUUUUGGUGGGCAGCCUCUGUUGAUUUUAGGAGUUGCCGAACCCACGGUUAUAAUGUACACUUACUUGUACAGUUUCGCCAAAGGAAGGUCGAACUUGGGGCAGGAGCUAUAUCUAGCUUGGGCCGGAUGGGUUUGUGUAUGGACUUCUAUCCUUCUGUUUCUUCUUGCAAUAUUCAAUGCUUGCACAAUCAUCUCUAGAUUUACGAGAAUUGCAGGAGAACUUUUUGGCAUGUUGAUUGCUGUUCUUUUCAUACAAGAGGCUAUUAAGGGGCUGGUGAGUGAAUUUAGUAUUCCCGAAGGUGAUAAUCCCAAGUUAGAGAUAUAUCAAUUCCAAUGGCUUUAUACGAAUGGGUUGCUGGCGAUAAUUUUCUGUUUUGGUCUACUUCUUACUUCCAUCAAGAGUAGAAGGGCUAGGUCUUGGCAUUAUGGCACAGGGUGGCUCCGAAGUUUCAUUGCAGACUAUGGGGUUCCCCUUAUGGUGGUGUUGUGGACAGCAUUGUCUUAUAGUGUGCCAAGUAAAAUUCCUUCUGGAGUACCAAGGAGGCUUGUUUGUCCUCUACCUUGGGAUUCUGAAUCAUUAUACCAUUGGACAGUGAUCAAGGAUAUGGGGAAAGUCCCGGUGGCAUACAUUUUUCUUGCCUUCAUACCAGCCGUGAUGGUAGCAGGCUUAUAUUUUUUUGACCACAGUGUAGCUUCACAAAUGGCACAACAGAAGGAAUUCAAUCUCAAAAACCCGACCUCAUACCAUUAUGACAUCCUGUUGCUAGGAUUCAUGACCUUGAUUUGUGGGUUGCUUGGACUUCCUCCUUCAAAUGGUGUCCUACCACAAUCUCCCAUGCACACCAGGAGUCUUGCAGUCCUUAAGAGGCAGUUGAUCCGAAAGAAAAUGGUGAAGAGUGCCAAGGAAUGCAUGAAGCUACAAGCAAGCAACUCAGAAAUCUAUGGAAAGAUGCACGCUGUGUUCAUCGAGAUGGACGCUUGUCCAACUCCUACUUCUGUAGAUAAGGAAUUGGAAGACUUGAAGGAGGCUGUAAUGAAAUAUGAUGAUGAAGGAGAUGCAAAGGGAAAAUUUGAUCCUGAGCGGCAUAUUGAUGCUUACUUGCCUGUCCGAGUUAACGAACAAAGAGUAAGCAACCUAUUACAAUCCAUUUUUGUGGGCAUUAUGGUGUGUGCUAUACCUAUGAUCAAGAUGAUACCUACCUCAGUUCUUUGGGGAUACUUUGCCUACAUGGCCAUAGAUAGCCUCCCAGGAAAUCAGUUCUGGGAGAGACUGUUGCUGCUAUUCAUCACUCCAGCUCGGCGGUUCAAAGUCCUAGAAGGGGCCCAUUUAUCAUUUGUGGAAUCAGUACCUUUCAAAUACAUUGCCUGGUUUACUCUCUUCCAGUUUGUGUAUUUACUGGUUUGUUUUGGGGUGACAUGGAUACCUGUAGCUGGAAUAUUGUUCCCUUUGCCGUUCUUCCUGCUCAUAAGCAUAAGACAACAUGCUCUCCCCAAACUGUUUCCUCAUCAACAUCUUCAGGAACUAGAUGCGGCUGAGUAUGAGGAAAUUAUUGGCAUCCCAGUCCGCAGCAGGAGUCUCUCCCUCAGGGAAAGAGAACCACCUGAUCCAGGGAGCAGCGACGAAAGUGGAAUAGAUUUAUCUGCUGCAGAGAUAUUGGAUGAGAUAACAACCCAUAGAGGGGAGUUGAAGCUUAGAUCAGUAAGCUUCAACGAUAGGCAAUCCCAGGUUCACCCAGAAGGCAAUGGCCGAACGUAGUGUGAGAAUAUGUAAUGGCAUUGAUGCUGCUAAUGUUUCUCUGAGAAGAGUAUUCAAGAUUCAUGUACAGAGGUGGCUGUGGAUGAAACACUAUAUAUAUUUUAUAUUUAAAAGAAAACGGAGGAAGAAAAAGAAGAAGAGAUACUAAUCGCAGAAAGAAGGAAAGAAUGAAUCAUCCGAAGCGAUUACUAAUCUUUUCCCAGCAGGGGAACCAUUUUUUUAACAGGAAUUAUUUUAUAACAGUUUGAUCAUUGCUGAUAUUUUCGUUGCCAUGUCGAAGGAAAAGAAUGAGAUUGAGGAAAGGGAAUGUGAAGAGAAGUGGGGAAGACAAAUCAACAAGGGUUAUGACUGGAGUUUUCAUUGCAUACUUGAUGAACAAGGAUUGUAGUUUUCUUUUAAGGUGACUAUCACAUAUUUUUUUGAAAUCUGUUGUCUUCUCUUUAUAACAGGUAGUAGAUUUUGACGAUGUAAUUAAUAAAGAAAACGGUGAAUGAAGAGCUAUUUUUUAUUUA